AUGGAGAUCGAGGUCGACGAAGAUCUCUUACGGACGGUCGCGACAGGCGGCGAAAUGGACUACGGUCUAUGGCCCGCCCUGUCGCAAGGAAUCAUCUCGAGGCUAGAUAAGAUCGCCCACAAUGCAUUCCCUAUUCCGAACCUACCCACCCCUCCUCAACCCAUUAACGCGCCAGGCCAACAACCACGACUACUCUCGCCGCUCCCCUCGUCCUCCAUCGAUCCCGCCAGCAGCCAGCCGUCAUCACAGGACGCCGACAAGGAGAACAGCCAGCCUAAAGAUGCCUCGCCAUCCAAGGCUACGGUCGAAAGCGCUACUGAUACCGACGCAGCUGUCGCCGACGCACCCCCGUCCACCGCCUCGGGAUCGCUCCCCGCACAGAUUGAAGCAAUGCUGAACGAGAUCAACACUGUCUUGGCCAGCUUCCCGAAAUACCCGCCGCACACGAUCCAGCGCCUUGCCGAGCUCGUCCUCGAGCCGCGGCGCCAUUACCGCCAUCUGGCAUCGUACCUCCAUGCCGUCGACCGCGUCGUUCAUGUAACCAGCGGCGCAAACACCUACCCUCUUCCGCCAGCCAUACCCGACAUGUCUACCAUGACACUGCUCUCCAAUGGCAGCACAAACGGCCAGGAGAUCAACAACCCAGCGGCUUCGGUCGCCUGGAGCAACUCGACCAACUCAGUCGCCUCAACCGUCGGCACAGACGAAGCCCUCGGCGGCGCUCUACUAACCCCGAUCCCGUGGCUCACACGCCGACCAAGCCCCGGCUCAUCCUCGCCAGCCUCUUCAAAUGGUGGUGGACCGGCCGAGAUUCGUACCGAGUCAACGGAGACCAUUGAUGGCCCUAACGGCGUCGGAAGUAUCGAGACCGUCAGCGUCAGUGUCAACGGCAUACCGUCUAUGGGCGCCAGCAGCAGCCGCGCGAUAACACAAGGUGAGUUACUGCGACAAGAGCAGGAGCAGGGCGUCGUUCCAGUCAACCAACUCGUGCGACAAGCAGAAGAAGCACAACACGCCGCCGCCCUGCGAAGCGGGGACGGCGGCAGAGCCAGUAGCCCCGAGAAGCAGCAGCAGGAUGAUGAGCAGCAGGACGCUGCCGGUGCUGCUGCCGCUGCUGAAGACGAGAACGAGGCGCCGCACGCUCGCGGUCCCGAGGAGAUUGGUGUUGGCGAUCUCGGCCCGCAGAGCGAGACGACGAGCUUUGUGGGCGGUGGGCCCGGUCUUGACAUGCAGGGCAUUGACGUUGAGGCUGCGGUGGGCAGGAAAGCCGCCACGCCUCCUCCCGAGGACGUCAAGGAGGGUGAUGCCGCGACGGAAGAUGAGACGACGGCGGAUGCGGUUGUCGAUGACGCGGCAUCCGACACGAGUAUCACGUCGCAUCCUAAGCGUGAUGCGGACGAGGAGCUCGAUGGUCUGGCGAGCAAGAAGGUCAAGGAGCACGAAGGCGACAUUGCGGGCGAAGCAACGGAUGCUACAAUCCCUACCUCGCCCAAGGAAGACGACACCAAGGAGGAGGAUGUGAAGGAGGCCGAGCCUAAGGCUGGGGAGGGCAAAGAUGAAGAGACUGAGGCCAAGAAGGAUGACGCGGCGGACGAGGCUACUGCUGCAGAGGCAGCAGCGGCAGCGGCAGCGAAAGCGAAAGACGCCGAGAUGGCUGCCAAAGCAGGAGGCGCUUAG